ACGGUACAUCCCCCGUAAACCAGCAGUAUUAUGCAGCUGUUAGUGGUGCCGACACCAGGCUUAAAUCUGACCCUCCAUCUGGGCGCUACGGUUGGUCGAGCUGUGGGCACGCAGCCACACUAGCACUUUUCAGCAAGGGGGCUUGCAGAUACUCCCCGUCACCGCUUUUUGACAUGGGGUUUUGCUGUCGACUUUUGGGCAUAAGGCAGGUAGAAAAACUUUUUUCUUUUCUUUUCUUCAAGGAUGCAGCCAAGUUUCUUGCGCAGUUCAGUUCAAGCCCAACGGUAGUUCCCGCUACCGCAAAUGUUCAUCCAUGUCACACGUGGCGGACUUUGGCCCGGAGGUACGCUAGACGAAGUUUGUUUCACCUGGUCCCGGCUCCGUUCGGCUGAGAAGAGAGCCUGCGCGAUCAUUCGUGCCGCUGGUGGCCAGUGCUGCUUUCUACUGCUGGUGGAAAGUAAAGUACAGUACUGGGGCGAGUAAGGUGCUUGUUUCCCCGGGUUAGGAAGGAUUGUGCUUACGGGGUAUGACGUGAAAAGUGGUUGGGGAGCGGAGCCGAUGAUCGUGAGAGGAAAAGCGGACAAGACAUUCUGCGGGAAACUACAAAGUAAGUGAAGGAAGCUGUUGUAUCCGGGCUCGGAGAAUUUUGGUGUAGAAGAGGUAAGCUUUCGGCAUGGGCUGGGAGGGUGGUGCUAUUGGCUGGUGAUGUUUGGCGUGGCUGGUGCGAUGUGUUGCAGCCUCACUUUGCCACAGUUGGUAGAACAGGUGAAGAUAAUUUACCAAAAAUGUGAAAAUUACAUAUUAUAAAUUAUCGUAACUAUUGAUUAUAAAGUAUUGUAUUUUAUUAAGCGUAUAUCUGUUGAGUUUUGAUAUGUUAGAUGAGGCAUCUGUUAUUGAACCACGGUCAGUACAUUCGUGGAUGAGGUUACAAGUAGGCCCGUAGUUUACGGCUACCAAUAUUGAAUAUACUAUAAUUAAUCAGCGGAAUUAUAUGAAAGAUAUACUUCUAACUCAUGCAGAGGCCUCAAAUAUUUACCACAAAAUUUACUGCAUUUAUCAAUGGAUGCCGUCAUUCGCUUCCGGGUAGCACCAGCUGGCGGCAUUCUGGACCGCCCAGUCCCGGCCGACGGACCAAUCACGACUCGCGACAGCCACCGCCGCUGGGAAAGCUUGUCCCGGCAUGCCGCUUCGGGUUAUCAAUCAAUCAAUCGCAUAUUCACCUCUCACCAAAAAAAAAGACACUACGAAUAAAUAGAACCGCAAGGCGCGGCACUUCCCACGCGACCAAUUCGAACACAUUGCUUCUUCUGUUGUCUGUCUAACGUUGCUUCUAAUUAUACCGUUGACACUACGUAACCAUGGAGCGGCUGGUUACGCAGCGUGUCUUGGUGGCCGCCGGCGCCGCCGUCACCGCGGGUAUCGCUGUCUACUGCCUCAUCCGCCCGGCGCUGGGCGACUUGCAGCUGCCCGGGGAGAAAAAUAGAAUCAUACGGGCUAGAACGCGCGCCGAGGCUGCGGGCAAGACAAGCCUGCCGUAUCCGCCGGAUGCAUUUCCGGGCGGGCGUCUGGUCCGCUCGGCGUAUGGUGAUAUCCAGGUCUUUGAAUGGGGGCCAGAGGACGGUGAGAAGGUGUUGCUGAUUCAUGGUAUUGGUACACCGUGCGUGGCGCUUGGGGGUAUGGCAAAGGAGUUUGUCCGGAGUGGGUGUAGAGUCAUGUUGUUUGAUUUGUUUGGCAGAGGAUACUCUGAUGCACCAAAGGAUAUUCCUUUUGAUGAGAGGCUGUACACGUCGCAGAUUCUGUUGGCUAUAGCGUCGUCGCCGCUGGCGUGGACUGGGCCGUCUGCGUUUCAUAUACUGGGUUAUUCGCUUGGUGGUGCGUUGACGGCAGCUUUUGCUACAUAUCAUGCCAACCUGCUGCGGUCGGUAACGAUGGUGUGUCCUGGUGGGAUUGUACGCAUGUCGCAUAUUGGCUGGAAGAGCAGAUUGCUUUACUCGCCGGGAUUGAUCCCGGAAGCGGUCCUCCUGGCCCUGGCAAAGAGGAGAUUGCGGCCGCAAGAGGGGGUGCCUAGUGCUGAUGUGCCGACUGAUGAUAACAUCGAAGAUGAUGAAGUAGUGGAUUUUGACGAGGUGCUUGUCUCCCCUGGCGUGACUGUCGGAGACGUGGUAAAGUGGCAGCUUGACGGGAACGACGGGUUUACACCGGCGUAUAUGAGCACGAUUCGCAGUGCGCCGAUAUAUGGACAACAUAAGUUACUGUGGAAGAAAUUCAGCGAGGAAUUGGCAAAGCGCAGAGAAAAACGCGAUGACUCGUCAGACGGUGGGCUGGAGAGUGGUAGAAUUUGCUUGAUUCUCGCCGACAAGGAUCCAAUUGUCGUUGCUAGCGAAUGGGUUGAAGACGCAAAAGCUGUGCUGGGAGAAGAGGCUGUCGAAAUACGCAUUGUCAAGGGCGGGCAUGAAAUCGCCAUAUCAAAAGGAAAAGAAGUCGCAAGGAUUGCGAUAGAUUCAUGGAAGAAAAACCGUGUUAACCUAGAAUAA